AUAACGAGUGACGAGUUCAUUACCUGGCGGCGUAACCACCAUCCUGAGCGGGGGAAACAAGGAUCAUGUUCGUGCACGCGCUCGGGCUCGGGCUCGGGCUCGUCGACCCGCGCGCAGAGGGAUCGCAGCGGAUCACCCGUGAGUCAUGUUGAAAAACUUCCCUCCCUCCUUCCUCCCGCUGCGCCUCGUCCUCCCCGGAUCCCCACAACAGUCAUAGAUCCUGUUUGCGGGGUUUCGCCCUCGCCGACGGACGGCGCGAAGGCGUGUGUUGGACCAAUUACCGGGCGCGUCUGGUGCGCUGCGCCGCGGAGGGUGUUUUCCUGGGCGGCCUCUCCGUCCCGGGACAGUCAGUCAGUCAGUCAGCCAGUCAGCAGGAGGAGCAGGAGGAGCAGCGCGGACAGUACAGACCGGACAGACACGACCAAGUUUGCAAUGGGCUUGUCUUUGCCUUUAGUCUGCGCCACCGUGUUGGCCGUGGUUCGACUGAGCUCAGCAUCCAAGGAUGAGCACAUCUUUGAGCAGCGCGAAGUCACUUUUGACCUUGACAACAAAGAGAUGGAAGGACCAGAUUCGGACAUCAUGCAGAAAGAGGUGGAUUGGAAAGAUCUCUUUGAUCCCCAGGAGUUCCCUGUAGAGCAGGUAAUGGUGUUUCCACCAGAACAAAUUGAAUCCCAUAGUGGGAGAGGGGGUUCCAGACCAAACAUCUUGACACCAAGAGGAUCUCAGCCCCGCAUUCUGGACUACCCUGUUCAGUUUCCUCUCAGCCGUCCGACCCCCGACAAUCUCCAAGCAAUCUGUCACAAUGGAGACCGUCGUCCUACCUACCCAGUAUCGUACUUUCCUGCGUCUGGUUUUGGUCAGCAGAGGCGACGGGCCAGUGCUGUCAAUAAUGCAGAGUCCUGGUUUAGCACGUGCUGCGAAGGGAACCAGACGUGGGGGAUGGAAGGGACACUGUGUUGUGCCAAACAGGCGUGGGAGCUGUCAGUCAAAUCCUUCUGUAACGAAGACUCAUCUGUAAAGGAUCGUCUGUAUCAUUGCUGCAGACUAACAGACAGUGACUUGCUGAACUGCUUCAACAAUGACGCUCCGAACCCAAACUACGAACCAACCGAGGAGAUCCCGUUGCCACCGCUACCAUCUACUCUCGUCUUCGUUUUUGACCCCAACACUUGCCAGAGGACAGUGAUGACUCAAUACAUCGUAAGAGGAAACAGAGAAAAGAAGAUGAUGACACCAUCUACUUCCAAGAAAAUUGACAUCAACUUUCCUCCUGGACGACCCACUGCAGACUCCAUUGAUUCUCUGUGUCGCAACCAGAACCUACGUCCCCUCUAUAAUGUUAAGUGCCUGCCAGGCGUAGGCUAUGAAUGGCUGGUUCGUCAGGCAAAGACCGUUAAUCGUAUGGAGAAGGGAUUCAAACAGUGCUGCAGAAAGAAGCAGGAUGUGCUCAACUGUGCAGAUCGGAAGUGGAGUGAGGAACUGAACAAGUUUUGCCUGGUUAAGAAAGGUGGAAAGGUGGAUUUCCCCUGUUGCUCAGGUGAUGGGGCAAAUGAUCGACACAACUGCUUCCAAAACAUGUCUGCUGACCCUCACUACAAUAUGACUUCAGCCACUGAACAGCUCUCACUUGGCAACAUCUGUGACACUCACAAGAUCAUCAAGAAGAAGUUCCCUCUUGGUUUUCCUCUCAAAGGUUUUGUUGAGCAAUGCUGCCCCCUGUCUGAAGAAGACAAUACCAUUUGUUUUGUGCAAAAGCUUGAGGAAGUGUCCAAGUCCUUGUGUUCAUCAGGGAAGGCCUUGCCUCUCGCUCUCCGCCGCUGCUGCCGCAUGUCUUCACAAGAGACUCCACAGUGUAUAUCCAAAAUUCUUACGGAUGCCAUCACCAAAGCGACCAAGGUCUUGCGUCAGAAGAAGAAGAAAAGGUGCCCGGUGUCCUAAAUCCUUAUGACCUUUUGCUGGUGACCCUGCUGGGACUGGGCCAUUCAGGGAAAUGGUGAGCUAGCAGCGGAAGUUGCUUCCUAUCACUCAACAGGAAAAUGAUUGCAGCACAAAUCCCACAGAGAGGUCUGUAAGAUGAAAAGAAUUCACAAAAUGUGGAUCAAAUUCUAACUGCAUCUACUGCAUAUUUUUGUCUAUGAUCACGCUAGAAUCAUUGCUAUCACAAGCACACAUUUAAAAAAUAACCAAAUCAAAUCAAAACACACUGUUGUUUUUAUAGGCUGCUUUUACAUGUUUGAUUAUGAAUUACAUUGGUUUUCUUAACUCUUUGGAGCUGAAAGAUCAGCUAUCUUCUUUUUAUGUAUUUUUGGUUAAGAUCAUAUCGCCAACUGUUCUAAUAAAAACAUUUUUUUAAAUGUC